AUGCCAUUCUCCAUCUCUCGACAGGGAAGACAGAAAUUGUCACCAAGCUUGACCGUGGCCUAUACGACGGAACGCUUCUCCGCAUCUUUGGUGAGCACUUUGAGGCUUAUCAGCGUAAUUCUGCAUUGGAACGCUUCACUUCAUUCAAAGUCUUUGCAUUCCACAUUUGGCAGAUGGACAAAUCCCGCACACUGUCGUUCUGGAAGCAAUCCGCGAAACGCCCCAUUACCUUCGGAUUUCCCAGCGCCAGUAUCAAGGAGCCACGCAUCAACUCCGUCUAUGUACACACCAUCAACCUUGAAUUUGAUGCAUUCGCCAAGUCCACCGGUGCCACUGUGUCCAUCAUCUUCCAGUCAAUCUUCCAGCUCUGGCUGGCACUGCGUAGCAACCAACGCGACUAUCUAUACAAACUUCCUUCCCAUGCGCUCAACAGUUAAUGCUUUAAUUCCUGUAUCAGAAUUCCUUCAUCAGACCCAAGAUAAAUUCUGGCAGUACACCGAGAAUAGCACAGUGGGUAUGGACGAAAUUCACAAAGCCUGUGAAACUACGCGUGAAGGAUUAUCCAAUAAGACCCUCUUCCUCUUCCAGCCGUUCGAGCCAGUCAUCGCGACAGAAAAGCAGUAUCAGAAGUGGAUCGUUAUGGCCAAGUCGCAGGUGACCAUGCCACAGCCAUAUGCGCUAGUAUAUGAGGUUGUGAAAACAGCGGAUAUGAAUGAGUAUAAGCUCAAGUUUUCCUUCGACAAUCGUAUUUAUGAAAAGGAAGACGUACAAAAUGAGACUCGAGUGAUUGAGAAGAUGUUGGCAAAGGUAAUAGAGCAUGCAGAGGUGUCCGUGGGUGAUGUUCUGGCAUCCCUCCGAUCUUGA